AUGGCGAGGCUUCUUGUCUGUGGUUACCUCCUCUUCUGGCUGACCAGGGCGUCUUUGACUUUCAACUGUUCGCUAGGCCCCAUUUACGUGGACAUGCACAAGCGCGCCGUGCAUGGCACACCUGUCUACCAGUAUGGAACUUUCCUAGGCGUUGGCUCUCCGUCUCAGAAUCAGUCAUUGGUCCCCUCGCUCUCUCACAACGAGAUCUCUGUCGCAUCUAUCGAUUAUUGCAAACACAGUCGCUUACCCCACUGCGUGAACGAGACUCAUGGCAACUUCAACUUCUCGGAGUCGGGUACUUGGCUAGGAAUUGACGACUACUCUGCCAUAGAUGAUACAGGGGAUUUCUUCAACGAAAGCUUCGCCGGUCAGGACGAGCUACAUAUAUUCACUCAUUUCCUCGAAACGAAUCCCCCUUCCGAGGAGAUCCUCCAUAACUUCACUUUUGAGGUUGCGACGAAGGGGGAGCCAAACCCUGGCAUUGUGGGCUUGGGACCAAAGUCAACUCUCUUACAGCAACUAUACGACAAUAAUCGUAUUGCAGGGCGAACGUAUUCGAUCUAUACCGCGUCUGGUUCCGAACGAGCCGGAGGCGUGGUUAACGGCAGUCUUACUCUUGGAGGCUACGAUUCUAACCGCUUCACUGGCAUACCUUACAGCUACCGGAUGGACACGUUCAAUGCCAGCCCUUUGAGCGUCAAAGUCUCGGAUAUCGUCCUAGAAGACCCGUCAAAUUCGCAUAGGAACAUUUCACUUUUCUCAGCCUCGGAAUUCCCAGAGCUCAAAGACGACUUCCAGGGAUUUGAAGCUGAGAUCACGACCGAUCAGUACCCCCUUUCUCUCCCAUACGAGAUAACGCAGAACUACAUCUCUGCUCUAUCCGCAGUGCCUUCCGAUAACCCAGACGGCUCGCUAUCUCUCAGCAAGCCAUACAACGGUAGCAUGACCAUCGUGCUGUCCAAUGGGUUCCGCGCCACGCUUCCCCGCGAGGUCAUGUACAACGUCUCAGGGCUGUCUCCAGUCGCGGACCGGAACGAAAGCUCCACAACGCCUAAUUACCUGUCAUUAGCAUGGUUGAGCCAAGUCUACCUCAUGCUCGACUACGACUCGUCUGUGUUCUACUUGGCGCAGGUGGUACCCCUGGUCAAGUACGCGGUGCCAAAGACGUUUUGCCCCGGGACGGUGCCGCAACAUUACAUUCCUCCUCGAAAAGGCUUUGCGGCUCGGGGACUGAUCGGCGCGGUGCUCGGGGGGUUCAUCGGAGGGAUUGCGCUGCUCUGCUUGGUGUGGGUGCUGUUUACAAACUGGAGAAAGGGGCGGGUGGGCGCGAUGAGCGAACGACAGAGAUUGAUGGGCCUGGGCUGCAGAGGGGAGUGGAUCGAGAUCCCCGAGACUAAUUCCAAUUCACCGCAGAGUAGGAAAGGGAAGGCGAGGAGUCUGGAUUGGCCAGAGUGA